CUGGGGCGAUGCUGGCGGUCGCGGCGCUGUGCGCGGCCGCGCUGGGCUGCGCGGCGGGGGCGCGGCUGCUCAGCGCAGUGGACAUAUCCCUCAGGAGAGGACAGACAGUUUGCCGCCGUGGGACGCAGAAACCCUGCUACAAGAUCGUGUAUUUCCACGAUGCCUCCCGCAGGACCGGCUACGAGGAGGCUCAGCGGGCCUGCCGGGCUGACGGGGGGCACCUGGUGAGCAUCGAGAGCCCUGCGGAGCAGAGGCUGAUCGAGAGCUUCAUCAGCAGCCUCCUGGCUGCCGAUGGCGACUUCUGGAUAGGGCUCAGGAGGGAAAAGGAGGAGGAGGAGGAGGGCAACAGCACAGAGUGUCAGAGCUUCUACUCCUGGUCGGAUGGCAGCUCAGCCAAGUUCAGGAACUGGUACGUGGAUGAGCCAUCCUGUGGGAGUGAGAUCUGCGUUGUGAUGUACCACCAGCCAUCUGCCCCGCCAGGUGUCGGGGGUCCUUACAUGUUUCAGUGGAACGACGACAGAUGCAACAUGAAAAAUAACUUCAUUUGCAAAUAUUCCCUGGAGAAGCCAACGACUGCUCCAGUAGAGGACCCUCCCAGAGAUGUUGCCACAGAGCCCCUGAGCCCAGUGUUGCCAGGGGAACCCUGUAAGAGAGGUGUAAAUGUGACAGCUGUAGGAGCCAGAGAACCUGUUCAGAGUCUUGCCUACAUCCUUAUUCCCAGCAUUCCUGUGCUGCUGCUCCUGAUGGCCAUUACAGCCAUCUCCUGCUUCUGGCUUUUUGUGAGGAGGAGGGAGCAGCGAAUGGACACCAGCCCGAAGGAGGAGGAUGCCUGGCUGUCCAAGCCCGGGGGGAACAGCCCCAGCCUGGACAUCUACAAAGUCAUCAACAAGCAGUCAGAAGCAGAUCUGGCUGGGGCCAGGCCUGGCACCCAGAAUUCCUCGUUCCAGGCAUGGGAGCACAGGGAGCUGGGCAGGCCAGCCCCCAACACCUCGAGCUUUGGGACCGAGAGCGGCUUUGUCACCAACGACAUCUACGAGCUCUGUGGGGACCGUGUGGGCAGGAGCAAGGAGUCCACCUGGGUGGACAAUGAGAUUUAUGGAUACUGAGCGGAUGGACCAAAAAAAAAAACACCCACCCCUGGAUUUCAGAUGAGACAAGUUCACCUGCCCUGUCUAUGCACUUGUUUUAAUAACUUGUUUUAGUAUGUGGUGUUUGUCCUGGUUUUGCAUUGGGCCCAUAUUCUUCUCUUUUUUUUUUUUUUUUUUGGCAAGAAUAUGGGUUUUUUAACGAUCCAGAGUGAAAAGAAUGUAUAUAUUUUGCUUUGCAUCAAGCCCCCUUUGCCCUGGGAAUGGCUUGUUAAUCCUCCCGAUUCACUUUUGUACCAAAGAUAUGCCUUGAAAGGUAAAGGACAAUCCAAAAUCCUUAUUUAUUUAACUGACCCACUGGUCUUAAAGGUGCUAAAAGUUGCCUGUUGGGUGGGAUGGAGCCCUGCUUUCCUGGAGAUGGCCCAGGGGGGAGCAGGGAAUGAAUUCCUUGGUUUGCUUUGCUUGUGUGUGCAACUUUACCCAUUAAACUGCC